CCCCUUCGUUCCAAGAACUGUACCUCACCACUGUCGGUGGCAUUGAACGUCGAUUCCGAGACGUAGUCAUUUGGCAUAUUUCAAACUAGCGCAUCCCUAGCUACAGACACUAGACGUAAGACGAGCGAGCGUAAGAUGGGAGUUACAAUAGCAGCAUUGAUCGUGCUGUCACUACUGCAGUGCAUCGCCGCAGAGCCACGACCAGAGUUUGCGCUGAGCGCACCCGUCCGUGGCACGUCCCGGGUUGGGCUCGCCGCCUCCGAAGCGAACGCUGCCAUCUCCGUGGUGAACAAUGCCACGCUCAGCUUUACCAUCCGCUACAACCUGACGCUACUGAACCAAGUGUUCAGAGCGGUGCAGACGGUGGCGAACGACUUUCAGCCGCUGGGAACCACCGUCAUCAGCAGCAUUAAUGCGCUCGCCAGCAAUUCCAGCGGCGAUGUGGACACCGUGUUCGGGGCGGCACUGGCCGCCGUUGCCAAUGCGAGCUCGUACGUGACGGAUCGUAUGCCGAAUAUCACCACCCCGCUGAUCGUGCUGAUCGGCAAGCCACUGAUCGAGAAGUUUGAGGACAGUUUCCAGCACAUCGGCAAAGCGCUGUCCGCACUGAAUGUUACGCUCAUCGGCCUGCAGCAGGGGGCACGCAAUGCGCAGGCUGCAGUCGGCGUGAAUGGCACCCUCACAUCGGCGAUCGUCUCUACCUACAUGCGCAACUCGUUGAUAACGGACCUGGUGAAGGGGCUGCACCUGCUGAGAGCCACCGUACCUGUGCUGAAGUACACCGUGGACAGUACGAUCGAGGGCAUUGCCAUCGCCGACCAGUACAUGCUCGAUCUGGCAAACAAGGUGGCCCUUACGCUGGGCGAAAAGUCGAGCAUUGCGGCGGAUCUGGAUGGCAUCAUACAGGCGAUUGGCAGCGCCAUCACCAACACGACCACAAGCAUCGGAACCGAUCUAUCGUCGCUGCAGGGCAACUUUUCCUCCCUCACCAACGUCGCUGCGGCUGCCAACGGGAGCGCGAUACUCACGCUGCUGGGCGAUUACGCUGCCAACCUAGCCGACCUGCGGAACAAAACCCCGUCCGUGGACACCGUGCUGGGCAGCCUGAAGGACUCGGUGAUCAAUGUGUACGCGGUGGCGGCCCCACUGUUCAUCAUCCAGGACAGCUACGUAGUGAACGCGCUGAUCGUGACGCUCAUCGCGAACGCCGAGUACUCGCAGUACUGUUUCUACAAGUACAAGGACUUUUUCUUCUCCAUGCUCGACACGGUCAGCAUCGAUGCGCGCGAGUGCGUCGACAAGGAGGUGACGCGGCUGGAGUACUUCCGCACCACGAUCGAGCUGAUGCUGGACGUGCUGUUCUACGACUACGAGGACAUUGCCGGCGAUCUGACCGUGUGCAAUGGCAUCAGCGAUCAGGCCAACCUGGACGAGUGCAUUACCUCGCUGGCCGGUAUCUACAAAAAACUGGAGGCAGCGUUUGGCGACAUGUUUGCUCUUGGGUACGAUACGAUCGCGCGCGAGAUUGCAGCGAGCGGCAGCCGAUUGAAGAUUUGCCUGCGCCUCUCACAGUCUUCGCUCGGCGAGUCGGAUCUGCCGUUGCUGCUGGAAAAGAUCACCACUUGUGCUGAAGAGGGACCGAACGGCAACGAGGAAUGAGCGUUGGGUGGAAUGUGUAGCACGAACAAAGUCAAUA